AUGGCACCCGGUGGCGCAUCCACACCAUCGAUGCGAGCAUUGACGGCAAGGUUGAAGCAGAUACAGCUGUCGCUCAAUGACAUCCACCGAUUCAUUCAAGCGUUUACGGAAUCUAAUAACAUUACCGAGGUGGAGGUACGUGUUGAGAAACUGGACGAGCUUUGGGAGAGCUUUAGUGCAACCAUGGUGGAGAUCUACGCUCAUGACGAAUUCAAGGCUGAGAAGAUUUCACUGGAGAAGGAACGCAGCGAGUUCAGCGAUCGCUAUUACGAGAUCAAGUCUUUCCUAAUGGACAAGAUCAAGGAGCUCCAGAAACCCCAAGUACUGGAGCAGUCCUUCCGAGCUGGUGAGGGAACAACGGCAGUUACCAUGGAGCACGUACGUCUACCGCAGAUCAAGCUGCACACAUUCAGUGGAGACAUCGACGAGUGGCUGAGCUUCCGCGACUUAUUCACGUCGCUAAUCCAUUGGAAGGCAGAUCUACCGGAUGUGGAAAAAUUCCAUUAUCUGAAGGGCUGCCUUCAAGGGGAACCCAAAGGCUUGAUCGACCCACUCCCGAUCACGGCAGCCAAUUACCAGGUGGCAUGGGAUACGCUGUUGAAACGCUACAACAACAGCAAACAGUUGAGGAAGCGGCAGGUACAAGCUCUCUUCAAGCUACCCAUGCUUUCGAAGGAAUCCGGAGCUGACUUGCACAUACUGUUUGAAGGCUUCGAACGUAUUGUGCAGACUCUCGACCAAGUCAUCCAACCGGCUGAAUAUAAGGAUCUUCUGCUGGUGAACAUCCUUACAGCUCGAUUGGACCCGGUCACGCGUAGAGGGUGGGAAGAGGUCUCAUCUACAAAGAAGGAGGAUACUUUGGAGGAUUUAUGCGAAUUCAUUCAGCGUAGAAUCCAGGUUUUGGACAGCUUGCCACCGAAGCCCGUCGAUACUAGGGGUCUCGGCCAAUUGCAACAACAACCGAAACCGAAGGCUCAAUCAAUGAAGGUCAACUACGGUGCACAAACAUCUACGGGACGUUGCAUUGCCUGUUCAUCGGAUCACCUUCUUCAUCAGUGCAACAAAUUUCAAGGGAUGGCAGUCUCGGACAGGGAUGGUCUUGUUAAAUUAAAUGGACUCUGUCGAAACUGCUUAAGGUCAGGACAUCACGCUAAGGAUUGCCAGUCAAAAUUCUCGUGCAGGAACUGCAAGGGACGUCACCACACGCUUGUAUGUUUCAAACCGGCGAAGGAAAAGGGAUCCAAGGUUGCGACAGUUGCUGGGGGUAACAAGUCGUCCAAUUCUGAGGAUCAGCAAGGGUCAUCUGGUUUAUCAACCACACAAGUUGCUACCGUAGCAGCUACGGAAACUGCAGCACCCGCUGCAGCUCAACAACAAUCAACCCAAGUGCUUUUGGCAACGGCAGUUGUGGUUAUCGAGGAUGAUGUUGGCAAUCGUCAUCCAGCUCGUGCUCUACUGGACUCCGGGUCCGAAAGUAACUUCAUUACGGAGCGAUUGAGUCAGCGGUUACAAGUUACGCGAAAUCGGGUGGACAUUUCGGUAGCCGGGAUAGGUCAAGCAGCUACAAAGUGGAUAUCGUGCUCGGUAUCGAAUGCUUCUUCGACUUCUUUGAAACCGGACGGAGAAUCUCUCUAG